UUUAUUUUAUAUGAUCAUUGUAAUUUUAUAAAUAUUUUAUAUUGUUAAUUGCAUAAUUAUUUUAGAAAUGAUUUUAAAAAUAUUACCAUGGAUAAUUUUAUUUUUGGAAUUGUUUUCAAUUCAGUGUUACUGUUCAAAAAUCAAAAACGUUUUAUUAUUAUUGGCUGAUGAUGGAGGAUUUGAAAUGGGAGCUUAUUUAAACAAAUUUUGUCAAACACCUAAUUUAGAUAAAUUAGCUAAACAAUCGUUGAUUUUUCAUAAUGCAUUUACAUCUGUUAGCAGUUGUUCUCCGAGUCGUGCACAAAUUUUGACCGGAAUGCCAUCACAUCAAAAUGGAAUGUAUGGUUUACACCAAUCAUAUCAUCAUUUCAAUGUUUUUGAUAAAAUUCAUUCAUUACCAAAUAUUCUUAAAAGAAAUGGUAUUACAACUGGUUUAGUUGGUAAGAAACAUGUUGGGCCAAAAAAGAAUUUUCAUUUUGAUUAUGAACAAACUGAGGAGAAUCAUCCUAUUAAUCAAGUUGGACGUAAUAUAACACAAAUAAAACUUUUUGUUAGAGAAUUUUUAGAAAAUGUAACAAAUGAUGGUCAAAAUACAAACCCAUUUUUUUUAAUGGUUGCUUUUCAUGAUCCUCAUAGAUGUGGUCAUAUUACACCACAAUAUGGCCAAUUUUGUGAAAGAUGGGGUUCUGGAGAAACUGGAAUGGGUACUAUACCUGAUUGGAAGCCAAUUUAUUAUGACUGGAGAAAUUUAAAUGCUCCAUAUUAUUUACCUCAAACAGACGCAGUAAAACAAGAAAUAUCUGCACAAUACAUGACAAUAUCCAGACUGGAUCAAGGUGUUGGAUUAGUUCUGAAUGAAUUAAAACGAGCAAAAGUUGAUGAUGAAACUUUAGUAAUAUAUACUUCAGACAAUGGACCACCGUUUCCAGGUGGUAGAACAAAUCUUUAUGAUCCAGGUGUUAGGGAGCCGAUGUUUAUAUAUUCACCAGAAAAUGGUUCCAGAAGAAAUUCAGUUACCUAUUCCAUGUCCAGUUUACUAGAUGUAUUUCCGACAAUUUUAGAUGUUUUUAAAAAUAACGAGUCUUUGGCUGUGCCUUUAACAGGCAAAUCGUUGUUACCAUUACUCAAAGAUGAACCAAAACCAGAUCCUGAUGAAGCAAUUUUUGGUAGUCAAAAUUUCCAUGAAAUUACCAUGAACUAUCCAAUGAGAAUGAUUCGUACUAAACAAUACAAAUUAAUUCACAAUUUAAAUUAUGAAAGUUAUUUCCCUGUUGAUCAAGAUCUUUAUACAUCGGAUACAUUUCAAGAUAUUUUAAAUGCUACUUUGGCUGGGAAAAAUUUACCUUGGUUCAAGAAUUUGAAGUCGUUUUACGACAGACCUGAAUGGGAAUUAUACGAUGUCAGACGAGAUGCUGAAGAAAUAUGGAAUUUGGCUGGAAAAUCUAAAUUUAAGGAUAUUAGAAAAAAUUUAGAAAAGCGAUUAAUGGAUUGGCAAAUUAAAACUAAUGAUCCAUGGCGAUGUUCUCCACAUGCAGUAUUAGAAGAAUCAGGCCCAUGGAAAAAAAAUCCUGCUUGUUUAACUUUAGGACAUAAUUCUUUAAAAUCAAAAUAU